AAACACCUGUGUGCAGGUCAUGGUAGAGCUGCAUGCUGAGUGCACUUUAGUGUAGAAUCCUGCAGCACCUGUUUCCACCUGUAGUCCACCUGAGGUUCACAUGGAGCAACCUGAGGAGCCAGCCAGGAUGCCCCUGAACGCAGGGGGAGGAGACCCCGGCUACGGCAGCGUGGACGGCCCCGGGCUGUCGGGCACCGCGGGCGGCGGCUCGGAGUCGGCCCCGCUGCUCAUCCCGGUACCGGAGCUCGAACCGGAGGAGCACAGCUUCCAGCACUGGCGGCCCCUCAGCAAGGAGGAGCUGGAGGUCGCAGCGGGCGGUCCGGGCUGGAGGAAGGUGCGCUGUUACCUGGUGCUGCUGUUCUGGCUCACCUGGCUGGCUAUGCUCGCUGUCGCAGUCGCCAUCAUCGCGAUGAGCCCGAGGCCGGCGGUGCCGCCGCUCAGCUGGUGGCAGAAGACGCUGUUCUACCGGCUGCAGCCAGACCUGCAGGCCGAGGGGUCAGAGGGCGUCAACGCGCUGUGUGAGCAGCUUCCCUACCUCAGGUCUCUGGGUAUCGGAGCUCUGAUCCUGGAGGGUCUGUUUGACAAGAAGGCGUCUCCUCUAAACCUCAACGUGACUGGUGAAGGGUUCAGGACUUUACCUCAGAUCCAGCAUCUGCUCGCAGAGAGCAACAAAGCAGGUCUCAAAGUGGUGUUGGACGUCUGUGAACUGGAUCUACUGGGACCUCAGGAUGCAGCAGGAAACGAGACAUCAACCCUCUCGGACUCACAUGCUCUCCGGUUCUGGCUGCAGCAGGGUGCGGCAGGCUUUGCGAUCUGUGACACAGAUGCAGCGUAUUCAGAAAAGACUCUGCUGGAGUGGAAAGGUGUCUUCGAAGAGUUCAGCAGUGAGGAGGAUGAGGAUGAGGAGGAGGAAAGGAUUGUGGUGGUAAAACAGACGAGAGACGUUCUGCCGCCUCUAAAAAACCAGGGCAACGUUACGCUGGUGGAUGUGGUCAUGAGGUCGAUUCUGCCGUCUUCACAACACCUCCUGUCUUACAAGGAAGUGGCAGAUGCCAUAGAGACGGGCCUGCAAACAAGAGAAGAAAACACAUGGCCCAGCUGGACAGUUGAGGGUAAAGCAUCCAACGACUUGAAGAAGUUACUCCUGGUGUUGGUGAUGACUCUGCCGGGAUCACCUGCGGUCCAGUACGACAAAGACAUCGACCAAAGACAGAAUGUGUCUCUGAAAGUUGGCUCGUCACAUGGAGACGGGAAUGAACCAUCCGACACAACUACAGACAAAGAGAAGAAGAGGAAACAUUCGGCUGUAGCUCUCUUCACCUCCCUCAGUCACUCCAGAGCCAGAGAAGAAGCUCUUCUCUUCGGCAACUUCACUUUCCUCCCCUUCAAUUCUUCCACAAGUUCCUCCUCUUCCUCCUCCAACUCCACUCUUCCCUCUCCUUCAUCAUCUCCCCCGAUCUUGGCCUUCUUACGCUCCUGGGGUUGCGUCCACUUCCUCAUUCUGCUCAACGUCGGGCCCGAGCCUCACGCCCUGGAUCCCGCCUGGGCCCCGAGUCUGCCCAAAGCCGGAGUGUUCGUGAGCAACACGGGAAUGGACCGCUUGGGAUCGACGACCCUGGACGCGCUGGAGCUGCGGCCCCACGAAGCCAUCGUCAUCAAACUGUUUGAGGCAGGAAGCUACUCAUAGAGACAGCUUCUCUGCAGUCAAUUGUGAGAAGAUGUGGAUUUUAGUUUUCCUCUCACAGAAUGACAAAUGUCAUUGUUUUUUUUAAAAAAAGGUGUGAUUGAUAUGUGCUCAGAGGUCACUGAAAAUAAAAUAAUGGUUCUGUG